AUGAAGAUACUUCUACUGUUUCUUAUUUUCCAAUCAAUUUCCUGCCUCAAAAACAAAAACAAUACUUAUACUUUCAAACUCGACAACAAAAAUGAAGUGUAUGCUCCAAACGACAAAGUAACUGGUAAAUUGAUUGUGAAGACUUCAGGUGAUCAGAAAAUCGAUAAAAUUGUUAUAAGGUUUUUGGGAGAAUGUUAUGUUGAAUUAGCAUUGUCUAGACAAUUCUAUCGUUCUUCGAUCGCUCCGAUUGUUAAUGAUACAAAAGUAUAUUCGGAUAAACAACUAUCAGCUAAGGGAAAAACUUUGGAAUAUAAAUUCAGUUUCAAGAUUCCUAGUGAUGCUCUGAUGAGUUUUGAACAAGUAGCACAUAUUCGAUAUUCAUUAAUCGUUGAAGAUAAACAUCGAGAAGUUCUUAGCUCUUAUAUCAUCACAGUUAUAAAUGGAAUAGAUCUUUCGAAGUCUACAAAACCAUCAGAACCUUCUUCAUGUUCGGGGGUUUCGUCAAAAAGUGGAAUCAAGUUCAAAGCAGUAACCCCACAUAAAACUUUCCUUAUUAAUGAAAAAGUUCCCGUCGAGAUUAUAAUUGAUAAUAAGAGGUGGACAAAAUCUGUUGAAAGUGUAAGAAUCGCUGAGACCAGGCUUAACAUUAUUUAUAUGCAGAUCUUUCCAGAUGCAAGCAACUUUAUCAAUCAAUGUCACUGUCUACGGAGCUGCUGGUGGCAAGAUUUUCAAAGCCAAUGAAAAAGCUGAUUUUGAAGAUAGGAAAAAGUUUUGGCAAUCAUCAGGAAUUAUAUUUGGAGGAAGCCAAAAGAAAUACGAAAAUCAUGUUUCGAAGUGGAGCAAAGAGAAUACUUUCACAAUUUUCGCGGAGAAUAGUGCUUCCGAUGAUUUUCCUAUCAAAGUUCCAACAAUUCCAAACUUACCUGAAUUCAUUAAGGUGAAUCAUUAUAUUUAUGUUGGUGUCUUCACAACUGAUGAUUUGAUUUCGUGUUAUAUUCCUGUUAUAAUUGCAGUAACUCCGGAGAAAUCAUCAAAAGCUAAAAGUGAGUUAGAGCACAAUAAAUAUUCUCAUCGGUACCACGCGCUCCACCGAAAUAAACACGCAACGCAGGCCGCGCCGCGCCACAACACACACAAAAAAGGGAGGGAAUUUGAAUCGUUCCCCUAUUUGUGUGUGUUGUGGCGCGACGCGGUCUGCGUUGCGUGUUGGAGCGCGUGGUACCGUAGAGAUUUUCGAUAAUACAAAUUUUCAUGCAAUAAAAAAACAUUUUUCAAAAAAUAAAUGCAAAAAAAGAAAAAGAAAACAACGAUGCUCCGCGUUGACGACAGCGCGCGUGGUUUGAAUUUGUGUUUUUUCCAGUUUUUUGAAACUAGGCUUUUAGGCCUAGAUUUUGAUGAUUAGCCUAACUUUUUUCAAUUUUUAAAGAUUUUUUAUCGAUUUUUUCUAAUUUUUCCCAAAUCCCUCCCCAAAAAACUCACAAAUCGCUUCUAUUUCUCAAAUCCCAAUCAAAAUCGUUGAAAAAUCCUCAAUCCUCCAAAUUUUCCACGUUAUUGACAUUGAAAUCCAAUUUUCCAUCGAUAUUUCAAGCUGAAAAUCAGAAAAUUUGAAUUUUUCAUGUAAUUUUUGCAAAAAAUUCAAUCGAAACAGUGUUUCUCUAGAAAAAACCCACUUUUCUUCGAUAAUCCUUGGAUUUUUGCGUUGGAAGCGAUAAUUCCAGCCUUGUAGAAUCUAAAAAUUAAAUUUUAUGACUGGAAUCCACUGAUUUUCCCCGGAAACCUCAAAACCCAGCGAAAAAUGAAAAUAUUCUCGUGUUGCGCUAAACAGCGGGCAAGACGGAGUGUUGUUGUAAAAGUAUUUUUUUGCAGAGCUUCCAAUCGGCAAAUCGGAUCAGGAAUUGUUCGAACCCCUUUAUCCAGCCUACAAAUUUGAUGACACCGUCGAAAUUUGA